AUGCCUCCUAAAACCGAUUGCUCGCCCCUGUCCUUCACCAGCGACCGAGGACAAUUCUCUCCUCUCUCCGAGGACGAAAGCAGCUCGUUCGAGUGCAGCAGUGUGGUUCUGUCUCCGGAGAGUACUCCGACUCCCUGCCUGGGCUCCGGGGACAAGGCAGGAGGCUUGCGCAGCCGGAAGGACGGGCAGGGCACCUCGGAGAGCAGGAGGAAAAAAACGAGGAGCCGCGCCAGGAUUAAGAGCGAGGCCUCGGCCAUCAGGCAGAGGAAGAACCGGCGCAUGAAAGCUAACGACCGGGAACGCAACCGCAUGCAUAACCUGAACGAUGCGCUGGACGCGCUCAGGUGCGUCCUGCCCACAUUCCCGGAUGAUGCCAAGUUGACAAAAAUCGAAACGCUCCGCUUCGCCCACAACUACAUCUGGGCACUGACCGAAGCUCUGAGGAUGGCUGAGCAAGGGCGACAGGCUUACGUGCCCAACAGCAGAGGGCCCUCCUUCGAGCUAGCCAGCUCCCCGGGCCUCUGCCCGCCCUCGCCCUCCUCCUCGGACUGGGAAUGCCCACACUCCGCCGAGUCUCUGAGCCCCCACAGCUCGGCAGACGAAAUGUUUGUGUCGGCACAGCAGGAGCGCACGCACUCGCUGCACAGCCCUCCCUUCGCCGGCUUCGUUUGA